AUGCUGGAUCUACAUGAUCUGACACCCUGGGGAUCCGCUUUGGCCCCCCUCCCGAGCAUCCCAGAGGUUGCUUUCUUAGAAGUGGCCAUGAGGAUUCAAUGGGUGUGUAAAAAAAGCUUCAACCCCUUUUGCCGCGUCAUUGACUUCCUUCGUGGCUCUAACAAUCUUGUUUACGUUGUCGAGUUCGAUGAUGGAGAAAAGUAUGUGAUUCGCGUCCCAGCAACGGGCCGGGGAGGCAGCCUUGCCGAGGCGUGCAUUUAUAGCUCUGGCUCACGCCAUGCAAUAUAUAUCCGAGCCGUAACGAGCAUCCUUAUUCCCGGGAUAUUCGCCUUCUAUAACAGCUGCAACACUCCCGACGCCCCAUUCAUGGCCUUGAGCUUUGUACAUGGCUGCCCUGCGGAUUUAACAUGGUUUGAACCAUCGGGACUCGACGCUUUGGAAGAGUGGCGAGUUAAGAUCUUGGAGAGCCUUGCAGGGGCAAUGUCACAGCUUCAAGGGCUCGAAUUCAGCCACGUUGGUUCCCUAUUCCCUACGGGCAAUGCUCUGAUAAGGGGGCCUUGUUAUCGCUGGGAUUACGGGACCUUUGGAACAAAGGAUUAUGGGAGGGUCCUUAAGGUCGAAGACUUCGGAUCCUUUACCUCCUCGCAAGCGUAUCUCCAGUAUUGCUUAGCAUCCCGCCCAGAUGGAGAGAUCUAUCGCAACCCUAGUAUCAACGCAGGCGCUCAAAAGAUCCUAGAUAUGGCAAUUUCGUGCCUGCCACACUUUACAACUGAAGAAUCCGCCGAUGCGACGUUCGUCGUCGGCCUCCCAGAUUUCAAUUGGCAAAACAUUAUGACCGACGGUGCCGGAAAUGUUACUAGCAUAGAGGACUGGGACAACGUCCAAACCAAGACUGGACGUCUUUGGUACUUGACUAUUCCUCGAUUGAUCGCUACGGACUGGAAUCCGGCCUUGUACCGCCUUAGCACCUACGCGGCGUCGAACGAAUUUUCGGGAAAUUCCAGGUGCUGUAAAAUAUUUUGUCAAUAUGUCAAUCUGUUUAUCUGUGAAUCUGUAUACUCGACAACAUACCCUGAAAUCCCCCUUGACGAAGGAGACCUUGUGACUCAGGCGCUCCCUUUCUGCAUGCGCUUUUGCGCGCUGGAUCUGAUAUCCAUUAUUAUUCAAGCCCACAACAUUGCACCCCGUGAAGGUUGCCAUCUCCCUGGCUGGUCGUCAAACUCCACAACCCACAUCCAACACAUGCAUAUCUGGGCUCAAAUUAAUCCUACAAGCUAA